GGCUGCUUUCCCAACAAUCUGUUAACUUAUAUUCCCCGCUGAUCCCCAUGAAAGAAUCGGAGAAGAAUCCCAAGAAAUCGAUUCCGCCGUACAUGAAGGCGGUAUCGGGGUCUCUUGGGGGUAUUGUGGAGGCCUGUUGUUUGCAGCCGAUAGACGUGAUAAAGACGAGGUUGCAGCUGGACAGGACGGGGAAUUAUAAGGGGAUUGUGCAUUGUGGCUCCACAGUGGCUAGCACGGAGGGGGUGAGGGCUUUGUGGAAGGGGUUGACUCCUUUCGCCACUCACCUCACACUCAAGUAUGCGCUGCGGAUGGGAUCCAAUGCUGUGCUUCAAUCCGUGUUUAAGGACGAGAGGGGUAAGUUGAGCAACCGUGCUAGGCUCAUGUCGGGGUUCGGUGCUGGGGUUCUUGAGGCCCUUAUGAUUGUCACACCAUUUGAGGUUGUGAAAAUUAGACUGCAGCAGCAGAAAGGACUGAGUCCAAAUCUUCUUAAGUACAAAGGUCCUAUACAUUGUGCUCAAAUGAUCAUUCGUGAAGAAGGCCUCCUUGGGCUCUGGGCAGGGGCUGCUCCAACUGUUAUGCGAAAUGGGACAAACCAAGCUGCAAUGUUUACAGCCAAGAAUGCUUUUGAUGUACUCUUGUGGAAGAAACAUGAGGGUGACGGGAAAGUCCUUCAACCAUGGCAGUCAAUGAUAUCAGGAUUCCUUGCUGGAACAGCCGGUCCAGUUUGUACGGGGCCCUUCGAUGUUGUCAAAACUAGAUUGAUGGCUCAAAGUCGACAUGGAGGUGAAUUAAAGUAUAAAGGCAUGAUCCAUGCUAUCAGAACAAUAUAUGCUGAGGAAGGGCUUCGUGCCUUGUGGAAAGGACUUCUGCCUCGGCUCAUGAGGAUCCCACCAGGGCAAGCAAUUAUGUGGGCUGUGGCUGACCAAGUAAUUGGUCUUUAUGAGAGAAAAUAUCUUCACAAUGCACCUUUGUAGGUCCCAUUUGCAUUUUUUUGCUCAUUCCGAGCAUAGAAUAAACUUAAAUAUUUUCUUCUUCAGAUGUUUUAGAUGACAAUUACUUAUAGAAAAUAAGGGAACAAUCUUCUGGUAGUUUUUCAAAAUUUCCCCUUGUUUGGAUGCUGCUCCACCCCAUUUUUCAAAAGUGACAAGCUGGAGUGACUAUCGAGUCAAUACUUAACAGUUCAAGUUGGGCUAGUCAUCUUUUGGGGGCCGAGGGAAACUUAUUUUCUAAGGAGCUGUGGUGGGUAGAUCCAGAGUAAUGGCAGGAUCUAUGUGUUUCAUUGUGGUCUGAGUCUUUGUAGGUUUUUGUAACUUCAGCAAAGAUUUCACCAUGGCAGAAACUUCAUUUGAUAUAUUCUUCAGCCGUUGGCGCAUUGUUCUUAUUUGGUGUUGAAUUUUGGAUUACAAAAUUGGCAAUCUUGCGUCGUGGUAUGUUUACGAAGAAAAUGGGGUAAUCAUG